CUAACUACGAAUUGCUCGUCAAGCCUCUCUCGGUUCUCGAAGCUCCCGUUGUCAAUCGCUUUCCCUUCAGCAGACAAGCCUCACACGAGCUGCUCCUGACACCGCUGCUUCUUACCGAGACUGUGAAACGGAUUCAGACCGAAGCCUUUUCUCGCGCGUCUUUCGCCUUCUGACAGAGCCACUGCUGUACAUCCCACCUGCUCUGCGACUUGUGAGAGCCCUUGGAAGACAUUCGAUCAUCAGAGUCAGCACUAUAGUCGCGCGUGCCUCGCUCAUUUAACAUGGCGAAUCAACGGAUUUUCGAAUCAACGGAUCAACGGAAUCAACGGAGAACCUUCUUCGUUCUCGUCUGCCUCGCUUUCAGCCUCCUCCUCUCGCCUGGCCACUCCGCCGCACAAAAUGUAUACAGCGCUAAGAAUAACACACUCCACGUUACAAAUACAAUCGGUUCCACCACUACAAACGAGGAUGUCCGACCGCUAGAAGUCGCAGUGCGGGCGGCCGCCGCCGCCGACGCGGAAGCAGCCGAGGCGCUCGCGGAAUACGAAGACGCGAAGAAGGUUCUAGCGGCGAAACGACUGGAGGCUGAAGGACUGCGCGCGGAUCUGUCCGCCGCGCGCCACCGGGCGGAAGAAACGAAGAUCGCGCGCAUAGCCGUGGACGUCGAUACCGCGCAGAUUGUGGUACGCGCAAGCAACCGCCCCGUGGACGUGAAGCGCGCGGAAGAGGUGGCGGAGCAAGCUACCGCCUUCGCGGCGGAAACGCGGAUGGUUGCGGAUAAAGCUGCGGCUGCGGCGGAGAAAGCAGCGCAGUUGGCGGAAGCGGCGGUCACGGAGGAGGCGCAGCUGGAUCUCUUGCGGGCGGAAACCACGCGCGCGGAGGCCGCGCAAGUGGCGGCGGUGGCGGAGAAGCUGGCGGACGCGGCGAAAGAUAGCGCGGAUGAGAUUCGGGAAGUGUAUAGGCGCGCGGAAAGCGAGCGGGAGAUUUCUACAGUAGAACUCGAUCCAGAGCAGGCUUACUUGGAGAGUCUGGAAUCUGCUGUAACGCGUAUGGAGGAGGAGUAUACGAAGGGUGUGAUUGCAGUGAACGUCGCUGAGGCGAAGGUGGCGGAAUUGAAGGGACUGGCUGAGGGGAAGGUCGCGCGGGCGAAGGCGAUGCGAGUUGCGCUGAGGAAAGGCGCGAAGGGGAUCGGAGGUGACACAACGACAGCUACGCAGUAGCCGUUUUGAAAGGCCCACAAAGACAUGUGUUUUUUAAUUCUACAAGGCUUUACUAAAGCCUUGCAGGUUGACUUGCUCUGUGGGUUGCUAACUUGCUACCGUAUGUGUUUGUCCUUCAGCUGGUUGUGCUUCAGAACCGCCUCAGCUGGUUUGGGAGCCCAGUCUGCGCAGUUUCGUGAAUGCUCGAGGACCGCAAUCGCGCCGCAGAUUCCUCCGAGGGAAGGGGACCGCAAUACGCGCUCAGUUUAUCACUCCUAACUAAUCGUGUGUUAGAUUGUACAUUAGUGGGUGGUGGUGGUACUAAUGUAUUGAAGCCCAAAUUUGUUUUCAUAAUGUGAC